CCUCAUAAGUGACUAUACAAACAACUUCUGGGACAACCACUAACUCAUUCAGCAGAGAGAGACCCGGGGCUGCCAACACUUUGAGGGAAGAUAAGUGAGUGGAAAGACCAAGGGGAAAGAGGGUGGGUUUAUAGCAGCCAGUCGACAGAAGGAUUUUUGCACAUUUGUCUGCAAACUCUCUCAAAGUCAAACCCUUAGCAGGUUCCUUUGGGAGCCAGGAUAGAGCUCCCCAGCCCCCAACUUCACAAUAUUUGAUUGGGAAUUUGGGGGCGGGACCCCUGGCUGGCACACACACGCUCACACAUUUGCCAGUCCACAGGAGACUAGACAGAGAAACGUGGUCGCUUUCUAAGAGACGACUCUUUGGGCACCAGAGACAAAAUGCAGUGGGUGUCCCUACUGCUUCUGGCUGGGCUUUGCUCCAUCUCCUGGGCCCAGUAUGAAGAAGACACCCAUUGGUGGUUUCACUAUCUCCGAAGCCAGCAGUCAACAUAUUAUGAUCCCUAUGACCCCUAUGAGCCUUAUGAGCCCUAUCCCUAUGGAGUGGAAGAAGGUCCUGCCUACGCCUAUGGCAACCCUCCUCCCCCAGAACCCCGCGAUUGCCCCCAAGAAUGUGACUGCCCUCCAACUUUCCCCACUGCUAUGUAUUGUGACAACCGAAACCUCAAGUACCUGCCUUUUGUCCCUUCUCGAAUGAAGUAUGUCUAUUUCCAGAACAACCAGAUUUCAGCAAUUCAGGAGGCGGUCUUCGACAAUGCCACUGGACUCCUCUGGAUCGCUCUCCACGGCAACCAGAUCACCAGUGAUAAGGUGGGCAAAAGGGUCUUCUCCAAGCUGAAGCACCUAGAGAGGCUGUACCUGGACCACAACAACCUGACCCGGAUGCCUGGCCCCCUUCCCCGAUCCCUGAGAGAGCUCCAUCUAGACCACAACCAAAUCUCCCGCGUCCCCAACAACGCUCUGGAGGGGCUAGAGAACUUGACCGCUCUGUACCUUCAGCACAAUGAGAUCCAAGAAGUGGGGACUGCCAUGAGGGGCCUCCGAUCUCUGAUCAUGCUGGAUCUGAGCUAUAACCACCUCCGGAGGCUCCCAGACGGACUGCCCGCAGCCCUCGAACAGCUCUACCUCGAGCACAACAAUGUCUACACGGUCCCAGACAGUUAUUUCCGGGGGUCACCCAAGUUGCUGUAUGUGCGACUGUCUCACAACAGUCUUACCAACAACGGACUGUCCACCAACACCUUCAAUGCCAGCAGCAUCCUUGAACUGGACCUCUCCUACAACCAGCUGCAGAAGAUACCACCUGUCAACACCAACCUGGAGAAUCUUUAUCUUCAAGGCAAUCGGAUCAAUGAGUUCUCCAUCAGUAGCUUCUGCACUGUGGUUGACGUCAUGAACUUCUCCAAGCUUCAGGUGCUGAGACUGGACGGGAAUGAGAUCCAGCGCAGCGCCGUCCCCGUGGACGCUCCCCUCUGCCUUCGCCUGGCCAGCCUCAUUGAGAUCUGAUCGGGCUCCUUCGCUGGGCCCCGAGGGGAGGGGAAGUGGCCCGGGGGGGGGGGGGGGGAGGGGGGGGAAGGUUCUGAUCCAAGAUGGCAGUGGUUGCUUACUGCCCCCUUGUGUCUGGCUUGAUGGUUCCGUUUGGCUUUUGCUGGAAGAUCUGGGACUGAGACCUUGAGGGUCAUCUCUGGCCAGCAGCAUAAACAGAGGCAUCCCUCACUAGCAAUCAGCCUCUGUGAUAUAAGACCAGUCGCACCUGUCCAGUGCUGGCUGGCCGGUCCCCCUCGUCACCCCCACACGGUGUGUGUCCCGCGGAUUCCCAAUUCAUUCUGUCCCAGUUAGAUGGGGGGGGGGGGGGGGAGGGAGGGCAUGGGACACAGGCUUGGAGCCUACGCUUGGUGAUCUCCAGAGGAAGCCACACUUUGAGAGGGCCGGAAGGCGGUGGAAGAGCCCGACGACGCCAUCCUCAGUGAUUCCUAGAAAUCGCAGCCCCAACACUUACACCCUUUCAAAGCUAAACUCAGGGGUCUGUGAUCAUGGAAACGAAUCUCUUAGACUGGGUAAAUGUUAGCUAAUCCUUCCUGUUAGAUGCAAACGACCCCAGCGCAACAGCUGGGCUCUCAGCCUUCUCAGGAAGUAGAAAGCAUUGAUUCCAAAGUUUCUACAGGCACCAAUCCAAGAUAACUAACAUUCCCCACCUGGCUCCCUUCCGGUCCCCUUUCAGUGAGCCACCUUUGGCAUCGCCUCUGGCUCUUGGCCAUCAUUCUGGGAUCCCUACCUAGGACACACUUCAGAACAUACUUUUUGUCUAGCACCUUUCUCUGAGCUCCCCACAGUCCCCAAAGCUCUCCCCAUAGAAUCCUCCCCAUGGUUGAGAUUCUCUGUUCUGAGGCAGACAAGAGCAGUUGCUCUAUGGUCCAUAGGGAAACUCACCCAUUUUCAGAAGGGGUAAGAAAUAACAAUAGUCUUAUAAUUCUUUCCAUCUCUACCCCUUGGAAAAUAUCACACUGGACACCACUAAUACCUAAAUGUGCCACCCCUCAAGUUUCACCCAAUGGUUUGGCAUCCAAGUGCUUUAUUGAGGGAAAGGUAUCUAGCUUAGCCAUACACUAACCCUUUUCAAAACUGGACAGUGAUUAUCAGAGAGGACCAAUUUUCACCUAAAAUCAGGGCCCAUGCAGUGGGUAGGGAUUGUUUAGCUCCUCAGACAAAAUGAGAAAGCAGCCAACCAAUCCUCUAACCUCACAGAUCUCAUGGAUUCUAUCCAUUCCUCUGUUUCCAUAGUCUUUUUUUUCUGUAGUUAGCCCAAUAGUGGUAAAAAACAAAACAAAACAAAUUCACACUGAAGGAUCUCCAGGAAGGACUGUGGAAGGAGCUUUGAAGAAUUGGUUCCCCUAAGCAUAAGGCAUAAAAAGGCUUGCCCCCUGCUUUGAAUGUUUUAAGGGCUGAAGGUAAAUAGAAAACUCAGCAGACCACCUUGGGUAUGUUCACAGGCUCAGAGGUCUGGGGAUUUAGAUUAGACUGAAACCCUGCUGCUUCUCAGAUCCCCUCCAGAGAUCCAAAGAAGAGACUAAAUCAUCUUCUCUUUGCUGUCCAUCUAUAAGGCUUCCUGAAAAAAAGAAGGGGAAUUCGUACUAUUUGGUUCAUCUUAGGUCUUGGGAGAAAUGUGCUAGAUCUGUCUGGAACUGCUCAUUAGGGCUCAUUGUGCCCAAGCCAGCUUGCCAAAUCUUGUCUGAGCUUGGCAUCUCUGGGCCGUCCUCAUUCAUUAUUGAAGAUGCCUGGCUUGGGGUACAGAAUGGAGUUAGCAAUUUCUUUCCAUUCCAGGAAGAGUAUGCUUGUCCAGCUCUUUACCACCCCCUUCGCCCUCCUUCCACUUUUAUAAGAUGUUUCUUUUCUCCUUAGAUCACCCCAUGAUGCCAUUGGUUCUCUUUUGAAAAUGAGGGAUGAACAGACAAUGGCACAAUAUUUGGAGUGAGGUUCCCUGAGCUCCCUAUUGCCACGUUGCAGCUGAUGAAACCUAGUCUUAGAUCUAUUUCCCACACAGUCCUGUUCAACCCCACCUCAUGACCAAUACCAUCACCAUAUAUGAUGUCUGCUUUCAAGUUUCCCUUUUAAAAUAAGAGGGAUCCUUGGAUUAUAUUCUUGGCCUCAGGCCCUGAAUCCUGCAAAAGCCAAACAAGCUGCUCAUUUUGGUCAGGGUGCUUCUGAGUGAGGGGCAAGUGCUGUCCCCUGCCCUGGGGCUCCCCAGAAACCAACUGCAUGUAAAUUCCAUGGCAUCCAUAUAAAGGACAUUGUACUAUUGGCAAAGCAUGAGUGAUCAAUAAAACCCUUUUAUGAUUGCAAA